ACCGAAUGACCGUUUAUAGCAGAACAUUUAUGUUAAAUGGUGUUAGGUACUGAUGUGUAAUGACGACUGGUGUGAACCAGAACAAUUUGUGUUUAAAGGGUUUCAAUCAGGGUUUCAAUUCCAUGUCUUCAUGGAACUCACUUUGUGCUUGGGGGCAUGUCAUGCUGGAAAAGGUUUUGGAUUCUUAGGUGUAAUGAAAGAAAUCGUAAUACUGCAUCAUACAGUCCACUUUGUGUUUCUUUACAAUUGUGUAUUGUCUAUGUGGUAACAGCUCGAGGAAAAAAAACACACAUAGGUAUGAUGGACAGAGACAAUUUUUUGGCCAGAAGUCAAACAUGAGAGUUCCUAAAAAAAAACUAUUCAACCAUAGCAGUAGUUUGGUUUUGGUCAUUACAAGGUCCAAACUUAAAUUGUAGUCCUUGUAGGGACAUUUGAUUUGGUCCUCAAGAAGAUAAACACACGCAAUUUACACAAAGCGGACUGUUCAGCAGACGAAGGAUUUCUCUCUCCAGAUUUCUCGCGUCUAGCCUCAAAUCCUCGUUCACGUGACUCGCGGCGUUCGACCAUGCCGAAGGCGCGUCGGUGCGUGCGUGCGUGCGUGCGCUGUGAACGCGUGAACGCGCCGAUGUAUUGUUUCACAUCAACAUUUUCAUUAUACGUGCUCUUAGGAUGAGGAGCGGCUCCUAAUCUACUCUCGUUAUCGUCGGUGGCCGAGGUACCCCCCCUGCUCUCGCAAAGGAAGAGGAGCACCGCGGCUAACGACAAAGAUGAAGGCGCGACGGCAGCGCUGCUCCGGUCACCUUGUGCCGAUCCAGUGGGAGCGGGCAGCGAUGCGCGGCGCCUGCGAGUAAACGCGCUCUUUGCGCCGCCUCCGUUUACCGAACAACACGGGGCACCACGGGAGAGGUUCUCAUUCUCAUUGUCAACAUCGUCCAGUUAGAAUCUGUUCCAGUUAAAUUUGCACUUUAGACGCUUUAGUCUUUCUAAGGUUCGUGCGUUUUGUUUGCUUUGGAAAGCUCUGUAGAUGCGUGUCUGGCAUACGUACGAGCGGCGCUGGGCUGUUGGCAUUUCCCCUCACUCCCAGUCCUAUUUCCCUCUAGCCAUGCCCGAGGUAGGUGGCAGAUAAUGCCCAGAACGUCGAGAUGGGCCAUCACGGCGACGAGAAGGACCGUGUUGUGAUCAACGUGGGAGGCAUCAAGCACCAGACAUACCGUGGCACGCUGCGCACGCUGCCCGGCACGCGCCUUUCGUGGCUCGCCGAGCCCGACGCCGCGAGUCACUUCGACUACGACGCGACGGCGGGUGAGUUCUUCUUCGACCGGCACCCGGGCGUCUUCGCGCACAUCCUUAACUACUACCGCACGGGCAAACUGCACUGUCCGGCGGAUGUGUGCGGUCCGCUGUACGAGGAGGAGCUCGCCUUCUGGGGUAUCGACGAGACAGACGUGGAGCCGUGCUGCUGGAUGACCUACCGGCAGCACCGCGAGGCUGAGGAGGCGCUGGUCAGUUUCGGCGGUGGCGCGCUGCUCGAAGGCGGCGGCGGCAGCGGCGGCGGCGGCGGCGUCGCGCACGACGACACGGAGGCCGACGGCGGUACGCACGACGCGCCGGCCGAAGGGGACGAGGGGGCGGAAAUGACGCGGCGGCUGGCGCACGGAGACUCGCCGGAGAGCCGCUCGGGACGCUGGAGCCGAUGGCAGAAGAAGAUGUGGGCGCUUUUCGAGGACCCGUAUUCGUCCAAAUACGCGCGGUGGGUGGCUUUUGCAUCACUAUUCUUCAUCCUGGUGUCCAUCACUACAUUUUGUCUGGAGACUCACGAGGCCUUUAACCCCAUCAUCAAUCGCACAGAGAUCGAAAUAGUGAACAAUAAAACCGUGGUGCGUGUUUACCCGGAAACCGAGACCAUGGUGCAGCUCACAUACAUCGAGGGUGUUUGUGUGAUCUGGUUCACUUUUGAGUUUUUAAUACGAAUCACUUUCUGUCCAGACAAACUCAAGUUUAUCAAAAAUGCCCUCAACAUCAUUGAUUUUGUGGCCAUCCUGCCUUUCUACCUGGAAGUAGGCCUGAGCGGUUUGUCCUCCAAAGCCGCGAAAGACGUGCUCGGAUUCCUUCGCGUUGUGCGAUUCGUCCGGAUUUUGCGCAUCUUCAAACUUACGCGCCACUUCGUCGGCCUGCGAGUGCUGGGCCACACACUUCGUGCCAGCACCAACGAAUUCAUUCUCCUCAUCAUCUUCCUGGCCCUCGGCGUCCUCAUAUUCGCCACCAUGAUUUACUACGCGGAACGUAUCGGAGCCAACCCAAACGAUCCCCGGGCCAGCGAUCACACGCAGUUCAAGAACAUCCCUAUUGGUUUCUGGUGGGCUGUGGUCACCAUGACGACCCUUGGCUACGGGGACAUGUGUCCUCAGACGACGUCGGGGAUGUUGGUGGGGGCGCUAUGUGCUCUGGCUGGAGUGCUGACCAUUGCCAUGCCCGUACCGGUGAUUGUCAACAACUUCGGCAUGUAUUAUUCUUUGGCGAUGGCGAAGCAAAAACUACCGAAAAAAAAGAACAAGCAUAUCCCACGGGCACCUCAGCUGGGGUCUCCCAACUACUGUAAGUCAGCCAUUAACUCACCAAGACCAAGCACUCACAGUGAUUCCUGCCCUCUGGCCCAGGAAGAAGUCUCUGAGAUCAGAUACCAAGAUUUUAAAGUGAACGGAGAGCCGUCUAAAGCGGCCCUGGCCAACGAAGACUGUCCCCAUAUCGACCAGGCUGUAUCACCUGAGGAAGUUUUCAGCCCUGUAGACCGCGAGAGACCCUGUUUCCUGCUCACCUCUGCAGAUCGGGGCAAUCACAUAGGGGCAAGAGUCAGAAAGGGUUAUGAAAAGCCAUGGAGCCAUAGCAGCAUGUCUGGAGGCGUGGCCUCAGUGUCGGCCCUCCCCUGCAGCCCGCCCUGUCUCAUGCAGCAGGCCCACUCUCCCAUCCCAUCCAUCCUGUAGCAUGGACAAGCAAACUAACCAAUCAGAGGCUCCGCUCCGCAGCGCUGCGCUGAGACGCCCGCCCACACUGUGUACCAUCCGUCUCUCAUCAGCCUUCAGUUCUUCAGUUAUCACUUUCCCAGCAUUCAUCAUCAUCAUCAUCAUCAGUCUUUGUCAUCACUCUUCUGGUUUUUUCUCAUAGCUUUGGGUCUGUCUUCUCAAACAUCUACUGACAUAGUGUUAUUUUUUGUUUCCAUACCAUUUCUUUACUUUUUUUUUUUGUCACGUCUUUCCUCCUCUCUCCAGGUCCUGCACUACCAUGCGUUCCUUUUUCUCGAUCUCACACCAUCCUUUCUUUCCCCAACCUUCCUUCCUUCCUUCUUUCCUUUCACUGUUUUUAAAGCUGUGGUUUUUCAUCAGGUGCUAACGGACACCAUUUUGAAAAAGAAAAAGAAAAGACAAUGGCUUUUUCAUCUAGUAUUUCAUAACACAUACAGAAAAUAUUAAUUGAAAUAAUAAGAAUAAUAAGAAUGCAUAAUCAUUUUGAAAAAAACAGUUCGUAACACUAACCAUUCAUGAUUUCUUUAGUGAUGCAAACAUCACCAAACAUAAAACCUAUGACUGAAAAAAAAUCAUUUGCAUUGCAUGCCUUGCAUGGGAAACUGAGAAAACCAAUGUAAGUCAAAUGGAACCAUGUAAGGAAAAUAUAUAUAUAUAUACACAUCUAUAUCUAUAUAUUUUAUUUUUGACAUUCAACAUCCAGAGCUUCUCAACCAAUCUAAUGCAGAUACAGUGUUAUCAUUUAGUAUGAUCUAAAUGCCAAUGUAGCAAUCGGGCAUUUUCUUUUGCGGACAUUUAUUCAUUUAUUUAUUUAUUUAUUGCCUUUCCCCAAACCGUGAGCUUGUGUGCAUUUGAGCACAUGCCAUGUCUCUACUAGUAGCGCUGGUCCAGUUUUUGUUCUUGGAAAAAUUUAUAAUGCAAAUUGUAAAAAAAAAAUGCACUUUAACAUCAGAUACCAUCGUUCUGACGUUUCUCACGUGAGCAGACUUAAUUCCGCUUUCCGUCGAAGGAAAUUCGAAUAAGUUUUUCGGUGGUGUUUGUAUUAAUUUUUUACUUUUUUUUUUGGGUUCUCAUAAAUCCAUGGUAUUCGGAGUACUAUCUGUUGUUCUCUGUAGCAAAUUGAAUAUUAAAGUGUAUUAUGUAAGAAUAUGUUCACUUCGCCAAAAAAAAAAAAAAAAAAACAACAACAAAAAAAAGUAUGUGUAAAGUAUUUUUUUGGGGAAAGGUAAAUGCAUGCACUUUUAUGCAAGAACUAAUACGUACCCUAUGCGAAUGAGACUGUAAAUAAAAAGAAAACGAACAUACAUUGCAUGAAAAUAAAUCUUUUUCUAUUGAAGCCAUGUUCGGACUCUGUUUUUUAUUCGACAGAACGCACAUACACGUCGGUGUCUCGUUGCUCGGCAACAAGCUCUGCACCUCCAUUGCAAUGGCUUCUUUUUGACCUUUUCACCUCUUUGUUCCAUUGCAUUGCAACUCUUUGAUGGUGGUGGUGCUGAGGGUGUGUGUAUG